AUGAGUUCUAUAAAGUUGCUAUCGUUCCCUUUGCUGGUUUUCUCAGAAAUAGUUCGUUCCAUGGAGAUAAUGGAGAUAUUAGAAUUGUCUCAAGUGUCUCGUCGUAUGCUGAAUGUGCUGAAUCUAGCCAGAAUAUCGGUUGAAACGGUUCAUGUUGUCAAUGGAAUUGUGGAUAAAAUAACUAUCUUUAAUGAGAGCUGCACUGAAAGAAAGUUCGCAAUUGAAUUUCUUAAAACACCUCAACCAGUAGUAGGUCAGAUGAAGGUGAACAACAUUUCUAUCGAUGUUUGUGGGAAAAAUACAACUCAACAAAUUAUUAAUUGCAAUUCUAACCAAUUUGGAUACGGCCUUGUGCAUGUGUUGACACAUAUGGACAAGAUAUUCUAUCGAAUGGAAUACUCUAUUGGGAUUGAAUUGAGCACACUGAAUGCAAUGAGAGGAGUACUUUGUCAUUCGAUUUUUAGGAAAUGCGAUUAUGUGCAGAUUAGAGGGAGGAAAGAGACACUAUCGAAUGAAGACUGUGAAUAUCUAUUGGAGAAGACUCAACCAACCACUGGAAUUACAAUUUUCAGCAAAUUGAGUCCUGACUUUGACUACAAAAAGAUCCUUCACUUCUCCCGCCUUCGUGUACCAAACCUUGGUAAAAUGCCUCUGGAAGACUUGAAGGCGUUGGAUAGUGAAAUCGCUAAUCUGGGAAAUCACCAGUUCACAGAAUCUGAUAUCAAUGAAUUCCUCCAUCACUGGAUUGAGGGAAAUAAUAGAAAAUUGAGACGACUAAAGUUAGACGGAUUCAAAGAUGCUCCAGAUUGGGAUGCUCUUCUGAAGGAUAUCUCUUAUACGGAAUGGAGUUCAAAAGAGAGAGAAAAGAACUACAAAUCUAAAUACACGCAUACAGAGGAAACUAUCGAUUGUGAGAAUGGAAGGGAUUUCAUGGACAAGAAUGGACAACUGGCUACUGUAGUCUAUCAUUCGGAAUUCUUGGACUUCCUCAUUUGGAAUGACCGGUUCCCAGAAUAA